AGAUUUGGAUCAUACCUGAGACACUGCUGACCCUGCUGGCCGCUGCCUGUAACAACAUUAGAUCCGGUCUGAAUCCAGCCCAUUUCACUGGGUUUCACCCUCCAAAGUAAAAUCACAUGAUGCGAAUUUUGUCAUAUGACGCUCAUGAGAGGACUCAGUCCCACGCCAACGAGCUCCUGUGUGAAAACAAAGAGGACACUCAGCAGCUUGUCAGGCAUGAGAUGCUGCAGACGGAGAUUGCUCGGCGCUGGAGCUCGUUAAUCUGAAGGAUGGACUGUCAGGGAGCGCUGCCUGUCAUAGCCGCUUGCUUCAUUGGCAUGGUGGUGAGCCAGACAACACUUACUCCCGCGCUGAUGAACACCACUCUCAGUCUCACCACUCUCACUGACAAGUCAACCAGUCCAACACCUGUGAUUUUCAGCAGCGCAAGCCCAGGUUGCUCAGCUUUCAACAUUUCUGAUUGCGAGCCCUGCGCUCCGGGAUCACAAUACGACAACAACACACUACUGUGCACUUGCUGUUCUGAUAUUGGGCUCUGUGUAUUUCCUGGAGCGUGCCUGGCAUGCAAGAAAGGAUUUUAUCAGCCACUUGCGGGACAGCAGCACUGUCUGCCCUGCAACCGGGGUUUCUACACUAACUUCACUGGAAGUCCUCUGUGUCACCCCUGCCCUGCUGGAUCUUUCAACAAUGACACUGGUGGAGAAACUUGCGCAAGUUGUUCACCAGGUUUCUUUUCAUCAAGGCACAGUUCCACUUCAUGUUCACCAUGUGCACUGGGAAGUUAUUGCAACUCAUCUGGCUGCACGCAGUGCAAGACGUGUCCUGGAGGAAAAGAAGCUAUACAAAGUGCUGCUAAAGGCUGUACACCGUGUCGACCAGGCAUGUAUAAGGCUCCCCUUCAGACUAUGUGUCAAAUCUGCGGCAGUGGAUCCUUCCAGAUCCAUUGGGGGCAGGAAAGCUGUGAUGUCUGUCCAGAGAAUCACUACUGCCCUAGCCCUGACGUGAAUCCCAUUCAGUGUCCAAAUGACGCCUUCUGUCCGGAGGGCAGCUUGGCGCCAGGUUAUUGUAUGGAGACUUUCUUCCGGAAAUCAGGGGACACGUGUGAACUGGCUCCUGUCACUAUUGCUCUGCUCGUUAUUGGAGGAGGGGUGGCCUUGCUCUUCACCAUUUUGAUGGUUUUACGUCGACGGAGAGACACUGACGGAGAGCUGAUGGUGGCCCGGACCCCACUGUUGCGCAAAGAGCGACCUCAGGGUCGAUACUACGGUCUGCCCUGUGACUCAGAGCCUGUGUAUGCUGGCUGGUGACCAACUAACAUGUAUAAGAACUGACAGCAGAGGAUUGAUGGUGACAUCCUGAUCUAGUACCUUGAGAAAACUUUAAUAAUUCACCAACCUUUUAAGGAGUU